GGUGUACGUCAUGGCCCAAACGGAGAAGAAAGGUGGGCUGCUCCGGAAAUCUUCAGCCUCCAAGAAGCCAUUGAAGGAGAAGGUUGUGUUGAUGUAUGAUGAGAUUUUCAUGACAGAGGACCCCAGCAAAUGCAACCCGAGGUUUUGGGAGGAGCUGUUCCUCAUGAAGGUCAACUUGGAGUACCUGGAAGGCAAGCUGGAGGCUCUGGAUGGGGAAGAGUUAAUGAAGAUAAAAGAUAACAUCAACUGCUUGUUUCAGCACUGCAUCCAGGCACUGAGUGAGGAGCACCCAAUCAGAGUGGUCAAUGCAUUACAGACUUUGUGUGCAUUGAUUCGGGGUGUCCAUCAGAAGAACAAAUCCACUUCUGGGUUUGACAUCAUCAACAUGCUUGUGGGUUUUGAUAAGGCAGAGCUGUGUAUGAAGAACCUGAUGGAGAGCUUGGACUCGCUCCUCUGUGCCGAAGGUUCGGAGAGCCUCAAAAGCUUGUGUCUGAAGCUCCUUCUCUGCUUGGUGACGGUGACAGAUAACAUUAGCCAGAACACCAUCCUGGAAUAUGUGAUGAUUAACAGCAUAUUUGAAGCUAUUUUACAGAUCCUGUCCAGCCCACUUAGUCGCAGGGAACAUGGCUAUGAUGCUGUUGUCCUCCUUGCCUUGCUGGUCAACUACAGAAAGUAUGAGUCAGUGAAUCCCUACAUUGUGAAGCUCUCCAUCGUAGAUGAUGAGGCCACGCUCAAUGGGAUGGGACUUGUAAUUGCCCAGGCUUUAUCGGAGUAUAACAGGCAAUACAAAGAUAAGGAAGAGGAGCACCAGAGUGGUUUCUUCUCAGCCCUAACUAAUAUGGUGGGCAGCAUGUUCAUAGCAGAUGCUGACGAGAAGAUCUCAGUCCAAACAAAUGAAGCAAUCCUCCUGGCCCUCUAUGAAGCUGUUCACUUAAACCGGAAUUUCAUCACAGUUCUGGCACAAAGCCAUCCUGAGAUGGGGCUGAUGACAACACCGACAAGCCCGAUCCCAGCGACACCUGUCACUCCACUCGGAACCACCCCGCCUUCUUCGGAUGUUAUAAGCUCUGCCGAGCUGCCUUUGGAUGCUGAUGUGCAAACUAGCAACCUGCUGAUAACCUUCUUGAAAUACAGCUCGAUUGUGAUGCAGGACACAAAAGAUGAGCACCGGCUGCACAGUGGCAAGCUGUGUCUGAUUAUCCUGACGUGCAUAGCAGAGGAUCAGUAUGCUAACGCUUUUCUCCACGAUGACAACAUGAAUUUUCGAGUAAACCUGCACAGGAUGCCGAUGAGACAUCGGAAGAAAGCAGCAGACAAGAACCUGCCCUGUCGCCCGCUGGUGUGUGCGGUGCUUGAUUUGAUGGUGGAAUUCAUUGUAACACACAUGAUGAAAGAAUUUCCUAUGGAUCUCUAUGUGCGGUGCAUUCAGAUUGUACACAAGCUGCUGUGCUACCAGAAGAAAUGCAGAGUGAGGCUUCACUACACCUGGAGGGAGCUCUGGUCAGCUUUGAUCAACUUGUUGAAGUUCCUCAUGUCUAAUGAGACUGUGUUGUUGGCAAAGCACAACAUCUUCACCCUUGCUCUUAUGGUUGUGAACCUGUUCAACAUGUUCAUCACUUACGGAGACACCUUUCUCCCCACUCCCAGCAGCUACGAUGAGCUGUAUUAUGAAAUCAUUCGGAUGCACCAGAAUUUUGACAACCUUUAUUCCAUGGUUCUAAGGCUGUCUACCAAUGCUGGUCAAUGGAAGGAACCCGCAAGCAAGGUGACCCACGCGUUAGUUAAUAUUAGGUAA